UCCAGCAGUAGCGGCGAUAGCUCAGGUCAGUUAGUUCUGUCAGCAGUCGUCCACGCAUCUAUCUAUAUUCCCUUUUCUUAAAUUAGCCACUUUAAGCUUCGCGAUACCGCCCCCAAUAGCAGCCUCGGUACGGAGCCGCCAGGCCGGGACAGAGACGGAGAGAGAGGCCACGGCCAUGGAAGCGCUCGGACCCGGCCCGCCCGCCCCUCCCUCUCUGUUUCAGCCUCCACGGCGUCCCGGCCUCGGCACGGUGGGGAAACCCAUCCGGCUCCUUGCCAACCACUUCCAGGUGCAGAUUCCCAAGAUUGAUGUCUAUCACUAUGAUAUUGACAUCAAGCCUGAGAAACGGCCUCGGAGGGUCAACAGGGAAGUGGUGGACACCAUGGUGCGGCACUUCAAGAUGCAGAUCUUUGGAGACCGACAGCCUGGCUACGACGGGAAGAGGAACAUGUACACAGCACAUCCGCUGCCAAUUGGGAGAGAUAGGGUGGAUCUGGAGGUGACUCUGCCUGGCGAGGGGAAAGAUCAAACGUUCAAGGUGUCAUUGCAGUGGGUGUCUGUGGUCAGUCUUCAGAUGCUGCUGGAAGCCCUGACGGGUCACCUCAACGAGGUCCCGGAAGAUUCGGUUCAGGCUCUGGAUGUCAUCACACGGCAUUUGCCUUCCAUGAGGUAUACUCCUGUGGGGCGUUCGUUUUUCUCCCCUCCGGAGGGCUAUUAUCAUCCUCUGGGUGGAGGCAGGGAGGUGUGGUUUGGUUUCCAUCAGUCUGUCCGUCCUGCCAUGUGGAACAUGAUGCUCAACAUCGACGUGUCGGCCACAGCUUUCUACCGCGCUCAGCCUGUGAUCGAGUUCAUGUGCGAGGUGCUAGACAUACAGAACAUCAACGAACAGACCAAACCACUGACGGACUCGCAGCGCGUCAAAUUCACCAAGGAAAUAAGAGGCUUGAAAGUUGAGGUCACACACUGUGGUCAAAUGAAGAGGAAGUACCGUGUGUGCAAUGUGACACGCCGACCUGCCAGCCACCAGACGUUCCCCUUACAACUUGAGAACGGCCAAGCCAUGGAGUGCACAGUAGCACAGUAUUUCAAGCAGAAGUACAAUCUGCAGCUCAAAUAUCCACAUUUGCCCUGCCUGCAAGUAGGGCAGGAACAGAAGCACACCUACCUUCCCCUGGAGGUCUGUAACAUAGUAGCAGGCCAGCGCUGUAUCAAGAAGCUGACGGACAACCAGACAUCCACCAUGAUCAAAGCUACAGCUCGCUCAGCCCCCGACAGACAGGAAGAGAUCAGCAGACUGGUCAAAAGUAACAGCAUGGUCGGGGGUCCGGACCCUUACCUGAAGGAGUUUGGCAUUGUGGUACACAAUGACAUGACAGAAGUGACAGGGCGUGUUCUCCCAGCGCCCAUGCUACAGUAUGGGGGCCGGGUGAGUACAGACACAGGGCGAGACUGUGGCAGGGGACUCUCUCCGCAGAAUAAAACCGUGGCCACGCCCAACCAGGGCGUGUGGGACAUGAGGGGGAAGCAGUUCUACGCCGGCAUCGAGAUCAAGGUCUGGGCCGUGGCCUGCUUCGCCCCCCAGAAACAGUGUCGAGAGGACCUGCUCAAGAGCUUCACUGACCAGCUGCGAAAGAUCUCCAAAGAUGCUGGGAUGCCCAUUCAAGGCCAGCCAUGUUUCUGUAAAUACGCCCAAGGAGCCGACAGUGUGGAGCCCAUGUUCAAACACCUCAAGAUGUCUUACGUAGGUCUGCAGCUGAUCGUGGUCAUCCUGCCCGGCAAAACACCAGUCUAUGCUGAGGUGAAGCGGGUGGGCGACACCCUCCUUGGCAUGGCCACCCAGUGUGUGCAGGUGAAGAACGUAGUGAAGACGUCCCCUCAGACCCUCUCCAACCUGUGCCUCAAGAUCAACGCCAAGCUGGGAGGCAUCAACAACGUUCUGGUGCCUCAUCAGAGGCCCUCUGUGUUCCAGCAGCCCGUCAUCUUCCUGGGUGCGGACGUCACACAUCCUCCAGCAGGUGACGGGAAGAAGCCGUCCAUCGCGGCGGUGGUGGGCAGCAUGGACGGCCACCCCAGCCGGUACUGCGCCACGGUGCGAGUCCAGACGUCGAGGCAGGACAUCUCCCAGGUUACCACACAGUGCCCUGCUCCUCCAACCAAUCAGGAGCAACUCUUCAGCCAGGAGGUCAUCCAAGAUUUGACCAAUAUGGUGCGAGAGCUGCUCAUCCAGUUCUACAAGUCCACUCGCUUCAAGCCCACUCGAAUCAUCUAUUACCGUGGUGGUGUGUCUGAGGGACAAAUGAAACAGGUGGCGUGGCCGGAGCUGAUAGCCAUCAGGAAGGCCUGUAUCAGUCUGGAGGAGGAUUACCGGCCGGGCAUUACCUACAUUGUGGUUCAGAAACGUCACCAUACUCGUCUCUUCUGCUCUGACAAAGCCGAGAGGGUGGGGAAGAGCGGGAACGUCCCAGCAGGCACCACGGUGGACAGCACCAUCACACACCCGUCCGAGUUCGACUUCUACCUGUGCAGCCAUGCUGGGAUUCAGGGAACCAGUCGUCCGUCCCACUACCACGUCCUGUGGGACGACAACUGUUUCACUGCCGAUGAGCUGCAGCUCCUCACCUACCAGCUGUGCCACACCUACGUCCGCUGCACGCGCUCCGUCUCCAUCCCAGCACCGGCCUACUACGCCAGGCUAGUGGCUUUCCGAGCCCGCUACCACCUGGUGGACAAAGACCAUGACAGUGCUGAAGGAAGCCAUGUGUCGGGCCAGAGUAACGGCCGAGACCCCCUGGCGUUGGCCAAGGCAGUUCAGAUCCACUAUGAUACCCAGCACACCAUGUACUUCGCCUGAGCUAGCGAGCAUGUCAGCCAGUCCACCCGCGGAUUCCCUUUCUUCUUCUUCUGUCUUUUUAAUCUCUUAUUUGCCAGUCUCUCUCUUCUUGUCCCACAUCUCUCUCUUUCUGGUCUUGUCUCUUUCUCUUCACACUCACUCUACAUUUUCUGAAUCUGCACCAAAGCGGCUCUCGGACAGGGGGGGAGGGGGGGUGGGGGGGACCUGCUGUGUCUCAAUAUGUCCAGCAGGUUGUUUUUUUAAUUUCAAGGAACAAUCACCAACCAGCGUUCCCAAUCGAGCCGCCUCUCAAACCAGCAAUCAAGCACUGCAAACCUCGAGGGGUUUCCAAUGCACAAAAGGAGAACGAAAACAAACCAUACACACGUAUACUACAAGUUGAGCCAUUAUUUUUGAGUUUGUUUUUUCUAUGUGAAUGUCUACACUCUUGUGUUUGUAAGAUACACUGAGCACGGGAGUGGACUGGCACAAUGUGUGUCGGUCAGCGCAGCUCUUUAGCUCUCCCAGCUAAGCAGGACUCUUAUCUACUUUUACCUCAAAGCCCCUUUGGGCAAAAUCUGUCAAGUCUUGGGUUUAUUGGGUGGUUGGGAGGGAACUCUACAUGAAAAGAGAUGGAGGGGAGUCGACCUUUUGAGAAUGAUAUAUAUAUUUUUGUUUUCCUUUUUAUGAGUGUGUGUUUGAAACUUUUUCUCCUUUUACGGUCUUUAACAAGCGAGGUGACCUGGGUGUCCAUGCCCAUUACUGUUUUCCUCCCAUCUUAGCGAAGAAGACGCGAGUCUGUACGUGUGCGUGCGCAUCUCUGUAUAUACAUGUACUGCUGUAUGAGUGUGUGUGUGUGUGUGUGUGUGUGUGUGUGUGUGUGUGUGUGUGUGUGUGUGUGUGUGUGUGUGUGUAUGUUUCAUGGCAGGCCACUGAAUUGUAAAGGGAAAUCAAGGAGAUAACUGCUGUAAAUGCCUCAGAUUUGUUGUUUUUUAUAUUCACACAUACAGUACAUAUAAGCAUAUAUUUACAUCUAUAGAGCAACUUUGAGACAUAUGACUUAAACGGGCCUCCUGGAGGCUGCUGUGGGUAUUUGUAGCAGCCCUGGGUCACUUGUUGAUUGGAAUGCUUUGAGUUACAUUUUUCUUUUUUAAACGUUUGGGGAUUUGCACAUUUGGGAGCCGGUUGCUGAUUUUGUGCCUCAAAGUGUCAUUGUAUCCCAGAAAAAGGCAACUAAAUCCAUUUCAAGCAGCAAGUGAAGUCAGGUCUGACUGUGUAGCAGUGGUAACCGUGGUCUGGCCCGAGGCUGGCUCAGCUUCGGGACCUGUUGAAUGGCUGAAGGCAUUAAACGCAGAGUAUGGUCUUUAUCAGCCUUGCUGUCUGUGUCAAAAGCAGGAUCUUAUUUUUCUUUGGACCUGAUUAUCUGAAAGACUAUAUGAUGACACUGCUGGACGUUGCAUUUCAUUUUCUUUGUUUUGUUAUAGAUGUAGUAUCAAGGGCCGGAAACCAACGUAGUUUUUUGAGGUCUCCUUUGCUAAUAUUGGCCAAUUCAUUGCACUGACCCGGGACGCUAGGCAAGCAACAGAGGGCACUCUCAAUCUCUCUUAACUUUAUGCAUUUAUACAUACGAAUCAACAAAGCAGAUUUGUAAAAGUUUAAUAUAAGAUGUUUUGUGGUUAUCUUAAAAACAAACAAAAAAACCCCCCAGUUGUUUAGAAUUAGUAGUUUACCAUGGAUGUUGUUAUCGUUGUCAAUGUUGUUACUAUCGUGAUGAAAUGUUAUGGUCGGCAGCGAAGCCAGUGAUCUAUAGUUACUAGUGCGACUUCAGGAAUAGACAUCAGUUGUUGAGCUGCAGGUUAGGGCGCAGAGCUUUGGGUUUGGACAUUCUUUUGUAGCAUUCUGGCUAACGGUGAGAAGAAGUAGGCCCCCGGGGUGGAUGAAUCCAUGCUUCCUCUGUUGGUUCUGAUGUGCGAGUGAAACGCAGCGGCAGAUUGGAGUUAUUGUGUAGCACUCGGACUGGUAAAUCAGGUCUGCAGCUGUGUACGUCUCUCAGCUGGUAUCGGUUGGUUUUGAUCAGAUAGAUUGAGACAAUCGGGGAUUGUCAUCAGAAUGAACCUAGAUUAAGGGAUUUGUUUAAAAAAAAAAAAACGGUUUGCGAUAGGAAAUGAGUUGAAUUUUUAGACUUUUUAAAAAUGGUUUCUAUUACUCUGUGUAUUUGAAGUAUACCCACCUUAAAGUCUCUGCUAUUUGACGGUGUUUGUCUCAUAUUUUUAUGCAUUUUGAACACUGGAUUAAAUGAAUUGACAAUAAGCAUAAGCACUGCCCAUGGACCCCCUCCCCCCUGUGCAAACUGUCACCAUGGAGGCCAUGGCUCGCUGUGGUGAUGGCUGCACACGUGGUGCCCCCUUCAGUCGCGAUCGGGUGAAGCGUUUUGGAGAACCGGUCGACGUGCACGCCUCAUCAGGAGGGGACCGCUCAGUGAAAACCCUUUUGUAAUAAACCACCCGUAAAGCAGCAGGUUUACUAUGAAUGAGUAUGAGCACCUGCCUGUUGAAGGCGUGGGCGUUGGCAGCGGACAAGAGCAGAGAAGCAGGGUGGUGGAGGAGGAGGAGGAGGAGGAGGAGGGGGGGUAGGGAGGGUGUCGUCCAGGCAUUGCAUGCAAUAAGUUCUAGUCUGUUGAAAAGGGGGGGGGGGGGUGGGGGUCAGUUUUUAAAACGUGCACUAGUUUCACCAAGCCGCGUGGGCUGUGAUUGAACAUUCAUGUGGCAUCUUGGACGGGGAAUAAUUUGUCCUUAAACUCGUCGUCCGAUAGAUGAGCACUCCCUUUGUUUGUAACAUGACAUUGCAAAGCAAUAUUUACCCAGUUGUAAUUUUUCAAAUGUGGAAAAACAAAGCUAUAAUUCUACUCAUUGUGGUUGUUGGUCUCUCACUAUUGUGUAUCUGUACUUUAAUUUGUUGUUUUUUUUCUUUUGUUUUUUUUGCUUGUAUCAAU